ACAGUUACGGUUUCUAAGAUCAGUUUUUGCAGCUCUAGUUUCACCUUGUGAAGGACAAAGCUAGUCAACUAUUGGCACUUUCCGGCGAAUCCGGCGAAUUCGUGCAAUUAGAUUGAUUCCGUUUGAUUGCUGAAUUUACAGAAAUACAGUCAUAAUGCCGAUCAAGUCCAUCAAAGCCCGUCAAAUCUUCGACUCCCGUGGCAACCCCACUGUGGAGGUUGACUUGGUCACCGAGUUGGGCCUGUUCCGUGCAGCAGUCCCAUCUGGUGCUUCCACUGGUGUCCAUGAAGCUCUGGAACUCCGAGACAACAUCAAGGGCCAGUACCAUGGCAAGGGAGUCCUCACUGCCAUCAAGAACAUCAAUGAGACCAUCGCUCCUGAGCUGCUGAAACAGAACCUUGAGGUCACACAGCAGAAGGAGAUUGACCAGUUCAUGCUGGGUUUGGAUGGCACUGAAAACAAGUCAAAGUUGGGUGCCAACGCCAUCCUUGGCGUGUCUCUGGCCGUUGCUAAGGCCGGAGCUGCUAAGAAGGGUGUGCCUCUAUACAAGCACUUGGCUGAUUUGGCUGGCAAUGCCGAUAUUGUCCUACCUGUACCUGCCUUCAAUGUCAUCAACGGUGGCUCUCAUGCUGGUAACAAGCUGGCGAUGCAGGAAUUCAUGAUCCUGCCUACUGGUGCUGCUUCCUUCAGUGAGGCUAUGCGUAUGGGCUCUGAGGUCUACCACCACUUGAAGAAGAUCAUUAAGGAGAAGUUCGGCCUUGACUCCACUGCUGUCGGUGAUGAGGGUGGCUUUGCUCCCAACAUCCAGAACAACAAGGAUGCUCUCUUCCUGAUUCAGGAUGCUAUCCAGCAGGCUGGUUACACUGGCAAGAUUGAAAUUGGAAUGGAUGUUGCUGCAUCUGAAUUCUUCAAGAAUGGCACCUAUGACCUUGACUUCAAGAACCCUAAGUCCAACCCUGCUGACUACCUGUCUUCUGAGAAGUUGGCUGAGGUGUACCUGGACUUCAUCAAAGAUUUCCCCAUGGUUUCCAUUGAAGACCCCUUCGACCAGGACGACUGGGCAGCGUGGGCUAGCCUCACCUCCCGCACACCCAUCCAGAUUGUAGGAGAUGAUCUUACAGUCACAAACCCCAAGCGUAUUGCCACAGCUGUUGAGAAGAAAGCUUGCAACUGUUUGCUGUUGAAAGUCAACCAGAUUGGCAGCGUAACUGAAUCCAUUGAUGCUCACCUGCUGGCCAAGAAGAACGGAUGGGGCACCAUGGUUUCUCACAGGUCUGGAGAGACUGAAGACACCUUCAUUGCUGACCUCGUAGUGGGUCUGUCCACCGGUCAGAUCAAGACUGGCGCGCCGUGCCGCUCGGAGCGUCUCGCCAAGUACAACCAGAUCCUCCGCAUUGAAGAGGAACUCGGAUCUGCUGCUAAAUACGCCGGCAAGAACUUCCGCAGGCCUGUUUAAUUGCACAAAGACGUAAAAAGGGCAUGUUCCAGUACUAUAGGAAAAUGUGACUGAAAUGAGUAUGCUCUUAAAAUGUUAUACAGCAUUUUACCCUCUGUAGAAUACAUAGAUACAUGAUGUAACAAAUUAAGAUAUUAUUUCAGCACAUAUUGUCAAAAGUUUAUACUUUUAUUUAUAAGAGAUUACUGGCUGUAGUGAUUGUAUUAGUGUCGAAUGUAUGAUGCUAUUUAUUUAAAUUUUAAGAUUAUUUUUUAAUUAAAAAUGAUUUGAUAUCAAGGCGUAUGUUCAAUAAAUAAUGAUGUUAUUGUAA